UCCAGUGUCCGAGGCACCCCGCAGCAACAUCGGAUUUUGGAUUAGUAGUUGGGGUAGUCUAGCGGGAUGACCUCAUUGUGCCUCUUUUUGGGGUGCUGUAGAUGGGAUGGGGCGCCCAACAUCUCCUGAACAAAUUUAGCACUUUUCUAGCGAUUGAAACCCCCAAAUUGCACCUCUUCGGGUAAAUCAGAAACCUAAGAGAGGCAGACCCAAAAAUGAAGCCAUUAACCCACUUUCUGCUCGGCUGGUGCGUCAACAGUGCGGCAGCGUCCGUCCCUGGCCCCCUCCAGCUACGAAGCCAGCAGCAGCAGCAGCAACCAAUAUUCAGCGGCGCCGAAGGAGGCGCGUCGACGACCACAUCAAGAUCCGCUCCGGCGUACCGCGAGAAGCUCCUGUCGCUGCACAAGAGCCUGGUCGACAUCCCCUCUAUCAGCGGCGCCGAGACCGACGCGGCCGAGUUCCUCGCUGGCUACCUCGAGAAGCAGGGCUACCAGGUCCGCCUGCAGGAGGUCCCGCCCCUCGACCCGAACAACACCAGCACGCCCGAUGCAGCAACCAAGCGUUACAAUGUCAUCGCGUGGCCGCACUUGGAAUACCCGCACCUCCCGCGCGUGCUCGUGACGUCGCACAUCGACGUCGUGCCGCCGUACAUCCCCUACUCGAUCGACAGCAGCAGCGCGCACGACGUUAGCUCGGACACGCUCAUCCGCGGGCGCGGCUCCGUCGACGCCAAGGGCAGCGUGGCGGCGCAGGUCGUGGCCGUAGAGGAACUCAUCGCGAGCGGCGCCGUGCGCAGCCACGACAUGGUCCUGCUGUACGUCGUGGGCGAGGAGACGCGCGGCGACGGGAUGAAGCACUUUUCGCGGUCGACGGACGUGGGCGGCCGGUUCGAGGCAGCCGUGUUCGGCGAGCCGACGGAGAACAAGCUGGCGUGCGGGCACAAGGGCAGCGGCGGCGGGACGGUGCGGGCGCGCGGGAAGGCCGGGCACUCGGGGUAUCCGGAGCUAGGCAAGAGCGCGACAGAGCUGCUAGUGCGCGCGCUCGUGCGCAUCGUCGACGCCGACCUCGGCAGCAGCGAGCGCUACGGCAACACCACGGUCAACAUCGGCACGCUCGAGGGCGGCGUUGCGGCCAACGUCAUCCCCGCCCACGCCAGCGCGCGCCUCGCCAUCCGUGUUGCUGUCGGCAACCAGACCACCGGAUCCGGGAUUGUGAGGAAGCGGGUCGAGCAGAUCUUGCGCGACACGGACCCCGACGCCUUCACGCUCGACUGGUCCGAGGGGUACGGGCCCAUAAGGUGCGACUGUGAUGUCGAAGGCUUCGAGACGUUUGUGGCCAACUACGGGACCGAUGUUCCGAACCUCGUCGGCAACAACGUCAACUACCUCUACGGGCCCGGCUCGAUCCUGGUUGCGCACGGCGACAACGAGGGCCUCCGAGUGCGGGAUCUUGAGGAGGCUGUCGAGGGUUACAAGAAGCUAAUUCUGCACAUACUGCGCGACUGAUUCCAUAGCCUAUGGUUUGGGAGUUUUGGUCAAAAAGGAGAAGAAAAGUGUUUAGACAUGUUUUCAAGACAACGCGAUGCAUGUCUUGAUUCAGUAGCGAGCGGCUUUGGAUAUAUAUACCCAUAAUCUAUAUUAACUACCUCACUAGAGUUGGAACCAAUUGAAUUAUUAGU